AUACUAUAGCCUACAUUGCAAUACAACAACAUUAUUAACUAACUAUGGCUUUCACAGUUUCUCAUAUUUUCCUUCUAGUCAUCUUUCUAUUUCCUUUCCAAUAUUGUUCAUGUUAUUUAACAUCAUUGAAAAAGGGUUCAUCUCUAUCAGUAGAGAAACAUGAAAAAGAUGUAAUUGUCUCUUCAAAUGGAAUAUUCUCUGCUGGGUUCUAUCAAAUUGGAGAAAAUGCAUUUUCAUUCGCCAUAUGGUUCACGGAGCUUCAGAAUCACAGUCACAACCCAGCCAAUAUUGUAUGGAUGGCAAACCGGGAACAACUUGUGAAUGGUAAGCAUUCAAAGCUUUUCAUCUUAAACACAGGUAACAUGCUUUUGCUCGAUGCGGGUCAACACAACACUUGGUCUUCAAAUACAGCAUCAAAUGCACACUUAGAGUUGUAUCUUAAAGAAGAUGGUAAUCUUGUGUUACGUGAGCUUCAAGGAACUACCAUCUUAUGGCAAAGCUUUGAUUUUCCAACAAAUACUCUCCUUCCUAAUCAACCUCUCACCAGACACACAAAUCUUGUUUCUUCAAGAAGCCUGAGUAAUCAUUCUUCUGGCUUUUAUAAGUUGUUCUUUGAUGAUAACAAUGUUCUUCGUCUCGAUUAUGAUGGUCCUGAUGUUUCCAGUACAUAUUGGCCUCCAUCUUGGUUAUCAGCAUGGCAAGCUGGAAGGUCCAAUUACAAUAGUAGUAGAAUUGCAUUGUUGGAUUCUCUUGGAAAGUUCAUUUCAUCUGAUAAUUACAUUUUUUCCACAUAUGAUUAUGGAAUUCAUAUGCAAAGAAGACUGACCAUGGAUUUUGAUGGUAAUAUUCGAGUUUACAGUCGAAAAAACGUGUCAGAUAAUUGGCACGUUUCAUGGCAAGUCAUAUCUGAUACUUGCAUCAUUCAUGGAAUUUGUGGUGCAAAUAGCACUUGCAGCUAUGAUCCUAAAAAGGGUAUGAAAUGCUCUUGUUUGCCCGGAUACAAAAUGAAGAACCAUAGUGAUUGGUCUUAUGGUUGUGAACCUGUGUUUGAUUUUACUUGCAAUAGAAGUGAAUCUACCUUUUUAAAAUUAAAAGGGUUUGAGCUUUAUGGAUAUGAUAGUAAUUUUGUUCAAAAUAGUACCUACAAAAGUUGUGAGAAUUUAUGUUUACAACAUUGUAACUGUACAGCAUUUCAAUACACAUAUCCAGAGGGCAGUAACAUCUUCCAAUGCUAUACAAAGCUACAAUUGUUGAAUGGGAGGUAUUCACCAAGUUUUCAAGGAAUAACUUACAUAAGAAUUCCAAAAGGUAAUAACUUCCAUAAAGAAGAGUCUGUGAGUGUAAACAAUGAUGUUUGUUUAGUGCAACUUCAUAGAGACUAUGCCACAAAACCAACAAGUAGUAUGGUGAAGUUUUUUCUGUGGCUUUCAAUUACAGUUGGUGGUUUAGAAGUUGUUUGCUUUUUUGUGGUUUUUGUUUUUUUAAAUAAGACCAACAAAAAGUCUAAUGCAAAUCCACAAAACACUUAUCAUGCAUUGUUGGGAUUUAGAAGAUAUAGUUACUCUGAAUUGAAGGUAGCAACAAAGAAUUUCAGUAAUGAGAUUGGAAGAGGUGGAGGAGGAGUUGUAUAUAGUGGUACAUUGCCGGAUCAAAGACAUGCAGCAAUAAAGAGAUUGAAUGAAGCUAAACAAGGAGAAGGAGAGUUUCUUGCUGAAGUUAGCAUCAUUGGAAGGCUUAAUCAUAUGAACUUGAUUGAAAUGUGGGGUUAUUGUGUUGAAGGUAAGCACAGACUCUUGGUAUAUGAGUACAUGAAAAAUGGUUCUUUAGCUGAAAACCUUUCAUCUAAAACUAAUAUCCUUGAUUGGAGUAAGAGGUAUGAUAUUGCUUUAGGAACAUCUAGAGUUCUAGCUUAUCUACAUGAAGAAUGUUUGGAAUGGAUUUUGCAUUGUGAUAUAAAGCCACAAAAUAUACUUCUUGAUUCUAACUUUCAACCCAAGUUAGCAGAUUUUGGACUGUCUAAGCUGAAAAAUAGAAACAAUAUGAAUAAUAAUUCAGAAUUUUCAAUGAUUAGAGGAACAAGAGGAUACAUGGCGCCCGAGUGGAUUUUCAAUUUACCAAUAACAUCUAAAGUGGAUGUUUAUAGUUAUGGGGUUGUUUUGUUGGAGAUGAUAACUGGAAAGAGUUCAACAAUGAUGAAUAUAGAAGGAGAUAAUGCAGAAGUGGCCUAUAAUGGAAGGUUGAUAACUUGGGUAAGAGAGAAAAAGAGAAGUACAUGUUGGGUGGAAGAAAUUAUUGAUCCUUCAAUGGUGAAUAAUUGUGAUUUAAAUAAGAUGGAAGUUUUGGCAAGAGUUGCUUUGGAUUGUGUUGAGGAAGAUAGAGAUAUUAGACCUACAAUGAGUCAAGUGGUUGAGAUGCUUCAAUGUCAUGACAAAGAUGUUGAGUAAAGAUGUUGAGAUGCUUCAAUUUCAUUGGACUAAGAUUUUGCCGUUGUGGAAAAGGAUACAGUUUUCACAUAGUUUUAAAUCACAAUCACAAUUCACAACCAUUAAUCAUAAAGUUGUCACUAUCUAAAAUUGUAUGAAAACUGUGUCUUUUUCAACAACAUUAAAUGUUGUUCCAAUUUUAUGCAUUGGUUUCUUUAUUUGACAUAAUAAACGAGGAUUGAUGAAUCCAAGUUUAUCUUUGUAAACCGUUUUAUUCAUGACCAAUAAAUCUAGAUGAAAGUGUAUUUAAUGUUGUAUUUUUUGCAAUUAAGUUUUAGGUUUUUAUUAUAUACUAUCUCCGUCCCUAAUUAUAAGAUCAUGUUUGACCAUUACAUGUACAUCAAUGCACAAUUUUGAU